UCAUCGUCGCGCGCCGCGGCGGGGACGAGCCGUCCGUCGGCCACCCCGUCCCCGCAGCGCCCCCUCGCGGCGGAGCGCCUCCGCCCGCGUCCGCCGCCAUGAACAGCGUGGGCGAGGCCUGCACCGACAUGAAGCGCGAGUACGACCAGUGCUUCAACCGCUGGUUCGCCGAGAAGUUCCUCAAGGGCCAAGGCUCGGCCGAGCCCUGCCUCGACCUCUUCAAGCGCUACCAGCAGUGCGUGCAGAAAGCAAUAAAGGAGAAAGAGAUUCCCAUUGAAGGCCUGGAGUUCAUGGGCCACAGUAAAGAAAAAUCGGAAAGCUCCUCUUUACCUUGACAAGAAUCUGCACGAUAACGUUCUGGGACUUCAAAAUCAGGCGGCCGGUUUCUCUUGAUGGGAAUGAUGAAGGUGGCGAGUGAUUUGAUGUGACAUUAUUUUGCCAAAUGAGGGUUUUAGUUCCACCGCCGCGCCGUUUCUUUCUUGCAGGCUAAAAGGUCAUGGGACGUUUUAGCAUCUGUUUUCGUACGACACCUUUGGGUAGUUAGGCAUCUUAUCAAAAAGCUUAUGAACCAAAUGAGUGUUAGAUUAUGCACCUCGGGGGAGAAUACCUCCGGAGAUUAUGACGGUAUCUGGUCUACGAUCGGUUUCUAAAGCGGUUUAUUUAUAAAUGAUGAUGAUACUUGACUUUGAGUCCCUAAGUAUUGGAUUUCACGGGAGGCUCACUAGGGCCAUUUUUCUGGGCCGCAGCUGGUAGCAGACCUUAGGUAACGGCCCGGUGUCAGCCCUCGGACGCCGCAGCUUUUAUUUUAACGUAGCGAUCGAUCCGAAUACCGUUUAUUGCUGCCGAAGAUCCGCCUCGGUCAAAAAGGGCCCAGCCUUCAAGGAAGAGAGCCGCCCGUCUUUUCAGGAACCGUCCACGAAUGCGGACCCGGAAGGAUUGGAAGCCGUGCAAGAAAAUCUCAGCAAUCACUGGCCGCCCGAAGUUGACGUCGUCUCGUUCCGAGGACUGGAAUUAAGAUGCCUUGUGCGCCUCCCCAAAACUUGGCUACAGUCGGUCGAGGAGGAAGGAUUUAGAUUUGAAUUCCUUACCCGUCGUGGGACGAGUCUCGUAUCGCUGCAUUAGAGAGAAGAGGUGGGAUGGUUGCUCGGCCUGGCCUGUCAGGCCGUCACGACCUAUUGCUUCUAUAAUCGUGGAGAUGGAAUAAAUGGUGAUGCUGUUG